AUGGCAUCAGCUGAGGAGGAAACAACAAAACAAAACGGAAGAUGUGAAGAGGCUUCAAGCUCAAAAGCAAAGAGAUUCCGGAUUUCCGAAGAAGGCCCACCACCAUCCAAAGACAAAAAUCCAGGACAGACCUGGCGUGGAGAUCCCAAGGAAACCUUCAGUGACUGGAAGAUCAUUGUAGUCAGCAAGACACCAGAUUCAGAAGAAGCCCAAGCAACAACCUACCAUGUUCACAAGUUCAUGCUAACCUGUGGUGGUCGAAACAGCAAGUAUUUUGCCAAGCUCUUCCAAAACACUUCCAACUUUCGGGAAGGCGAGUCCUGCACCACCCAGCUGGAGCUAGACCCUUUGGCAAUGACCGCAUUUCCUGCUCUCUUGGAUUAUCUCUAUGACGAGUACAAGCCACUCCAUAUUGAUACAAAGACUGCCACUGCAUUGCAUUACCUUGGAGAAUACUUGGACAUCCACCGCCUACGAUGGGAUGCCUUGCAGUUCUGCAAGAAGAAUCUUUCCUUGGACAAUGCUGACAUCUACUAUGAGCAUGCCAUGACUUUCCAAAAUGAAUCCAUCCUUGGUAUACUAGCCAAGUUCUUGGGAGAAAAAAUCCUGCACAUCAGCCCAGAAGCAAAAAUCCUGCAAACCUCCAGCCCAGAUUUGUGGGUCAACGCAUUGGAGCACAUCUCCAAGAAUGAAAGUACCAGCAGGCACAUUAGCAAACUUGUGGCGAAGUUUGCUCAGAACAAUCCAGAUGCCUUGGAUCUUGAAACAUUCCAGUCGCUAACAAGCCUUGAAAUCACUCCACAGAUUGAAUGGAAUGCUGCCCUUACCUUGUGUGUUCUAGAAGACAAGGCUGCCAAAGAGUCCACCAAGGAACUAUCCCAGCUUCAGGAGCGGUGCUCUGAUUCUUUGGCACAGAACUGGGAGUCCUUCUUGUUGACAGAUGACGCUACCACCAAGCUAUUGCGGGAACGGAAACCAGACUUCUUGGUGGAUCUUCUGUUAAAAUCAUUGAAGGAUGCAGCCUCAAAGCUUACAGAGUACCGGGCUGCUCUUUCAUCAACACGACAAGAAUUGGCACAAACAAACUCCACCUUGCAAUCCACCGACGCAUCUCUCUCAUCAACACAGGACACUUUGAAUUCGACAACAAGGGAAAUGAGCUUGGUGAAAGCCGAGCUCCAGAAAUUUACACCUGUCAGCUCCAAUAGUGGAGGAUGGCGAAGUCCACAGGCAGUGCCCGACUCACUCUGCAAUGUAAACCCAAGCUUGCAGGGGAGAUCAACGAGUCAGUAUUGCCGCCAGCCGAGUACCUACCGCACAGGGUAUGGCGGCGCAUCAAUCAACAGCUCAUCCAAUACACACUAUGUUUUCCUCUAUCAAGAAUAA